CUGUUGGAGAGAGAGAGAGAGAGAGUGAGAUAGCUAGUUAGCUCGUCUGUUGAGGAGCGAAGAUGGCGCUGAUGAGGUCAUGCCUCGGCCUCUGCUUGCUUCUGGUCUGUCUCUCUGUGCUGCAUUGCGCUUCUGCCUGGCCUGUUGUUCGAAAAGGGGAUCAUGGACCUAUCGUUGUGUGCCUUAAGGACUUGAUACAGCUGAGGAAUGAUUCAGGUGAUGUUUUCACCAUCAAGCUGGAGGCAGCAGUCAAGCGUUACCAGACUAAUAACAAGCAACCCGUGACCGGAAUCGUGGAUGCAGUGACGUGGCAGGGGCUGGUUGUCACCUUGAGUGGCGGCCGUGGAAUGGCGGUACAUGCGGUCCAGAAACCAUGCUGAUCUUCUCUUGCUCUGUGUAUCGUUCCAAAUUGAAGGGAUGUCCCGCGGAAGGGCAACCACCCACCACUUCACUUUCUCUGGCCUCUCUGGCGGCUUCAGUCGUUUUUUUUGUUUUGUUUUUCAAAUCUCUCUGGCGCCUUGCAUGUCGUUAGUGAGUCCCGGACGGAGGGGUGGAGGGCACCCAGGUCAUUUCGCGCCCAAAGUUUUCACGUUUGGCAAGGACGGCCUACGCGGAAAUGAAUCUGGUAGGAUACA